AGAGCAAUAACCUGGGCCAUCGUCCAGCCACAUGUUCUACCGUUUAGUGCCUCCUUUUUCUGCUGCUCCUUCUAGCAUUUUCCUGCUUUCACAUGAGUAACUCUUGCCCUGUGCAGUGGAGCCCCGAUCUGACAUCCUCAUCAUCCAGAAAGUGCCUAGAGCUGGAGCACAGCACGAGCUGGUGAGGGGAGAAGUGAAGUCAGCCUUGGAGAGACCGUCUCACGAGCAGAGCGGGAGCGGGCAGCCAGGAGGCUCUAGAAACAUUUCCACCCACCAUGGCCACAGUGGGUCCCUUUGUGCUUCUCUCUUUUGCGCUUUGCUGCUUCCCAGGUGCUGCCUUUGGAGUUGAGGUGGACUGCAGUACGUAUCCCAACACUACAAAUGAGGAAGGCAAAGAGGUGCUGGUCUGUGCCAAGAUCCUCAGCCCCAUCUGUGGUACCGAUGGAGUCACCUACAGCAAUGAGUGCCUGCUCUGUGCCAGCAACAUAGAACAUGGAGCCAAUGUAAGCAAAGACCACGAUGGAGAAUGCAAGGACAUUGUCCCUGUGGACUGUAGUAAAUACCCCAACACAACAAAUGAGGAAGGCAAAGUGGCGUUGCUCUGCAGCAAAGACCUCAGCCCUGUCUGCGGUAGUGACGGGGUCACCUACGACAAUGAGUGCCUGCUGUGUGCCCGUAACCUAGAGCCUGGAACCAGUGUUGGCAAGAAGUACGAUGGUGAAUGUAAGAAGGAAACUGCUACAGUUGACUGCAGUGACUACCCUAAACCCGUCUGCUCACUUGAGUACAUACCUGUCUGUGGCUCUGACAGCAAAACAUACAGCAAUGAGUGUAACUUCUGCAAUGCAGUCGUGGACAGCAAUGGGACUCUCGUUUUAAGCCACUUUGGAAAAUGCUGAGUAUCAUUGCUAAGAAAAUUCAUCACAGGAUCCCUGCUGGCAAAUCCCAGCUAAAGAUCUCACCUCAGUUCAUCUUGCUCUCUGGGGAACUCGGCUCACUCCUGGUUUUCUUUCUCAAUAAACCAAAUCAGCAACA